AUGCUUAAUGGUGAUAUAUUGCAUAUGGAAGAUAACGAUCUCCGAGAAGCUUUCAUUCUAUUCGAUGUUAAUCGUGAUGGUCGAAUCACUGAAACUGAAUUAGAAUCUGUUCUUGGAUUUCUUGGUGUUAAAACAACACGAGAUGAAGUACGUCGAAUGAUUCAAGAUGCUGAUUGUGAUGGGAAUGGUACAGUUGAAUUUGACGAGUUCUUAAGAAUGAUGCGAAGGUAUUCUCAAAAUCAACGACCGAAAUCUUCUGAUGAUGAACUUCGUGAAGCUUUUAACGUAUUUGAUCAGAAUGGUGAUUCAGUCAUUGAUUUUAGUGAAAUUAAACAAACAAUGCAUUUUUUGGGUGAAGCAGUCACUGAUGAUGAAGUACGUCAAAUGAUUAAAGAAGCUGACUUAGAUAAAAAUGGAUCAAUUGAUUUUAGAGAGUUUGUUUUUGUUGUUAAUAAUAUUAUGUGAGGAUAGUUCACGGGUGUAUUCGAGGAAUCUCUAAGAAGUUCAGAAAGAGCUGAAGAUAUUCCAUCCAAUCAUCUUUUGGAAGAAUAUAAGAAUGAUGGUGAUGAUGAUGAUGACAAUCACUCUAGUUUUUUUUAUUAAGUAGAAUCAAUGUUCCUAUAAAUUCCUCAUUGAAGAUCGGUUGACAGUCGUACAUAAAUAGAUCAAUUCAUUUCUUGUUUUAAA